AUGUUAGAAGACCCGUCCUAUUCCUCGGUGGUGCGCUGGGGCGACGACGGGGACAGCUUCGUCGUUCUCGAGAACGAAAAGUUCACCAAAUCCAUCCUACCCAAGCACUUCAAGCACUCCAACUUUGCCAGUUUCGUGCGCCAAUUGAACAAAUAUGAUUUCCACAAAGUUCGUCAGAAUAACGAGGAAGGCGGAUCCUCCAUAUAUGGGCCAAAUGCCUGGGAGUUUCGCCAUCCCGAGUUCAAGGCCAACAGCAAAGACACUCUCGACAACAUCAGACGCAAGGCUCCCGCCCCUCGGAAACCCUCCAGUCUGAAUGAUGAACAAAUCCCCAUCCAACAGAUAGACCUGAUGAAUUCACAGAUUGUCGCGCAAGCAACCCAAAUCGAAAACCUUGUAUCCAACACCAAUCAAUUACAUGCCCACUACCAGAUGGUCGUGCAAGAACUGCUUCGACUUCAAAAGACCGUCCACAGUCAUGAUCGUGUGAUGCAAGAUGUCAUGACUUUCCUACAUUCGGUCGACGCGAAGCAGCGAAGAGACAGCAAAACGGUAUUUGCUCCUCAAGCCGAAUCAGCCCCCUCGGGAUCGACCCUGACGCCCACCAGCCAGAACAUGCCGGCUCAGGAUGAUGAAAGUCCCGCAUCACCGUUGCAACAUGCAACCAAACUUCUGAACGAUCUCCAAGCCGAUCCGCAGUUCAAUCUUUCCACCCUGGAGCAAAUGAACACCCACAUCGGCAUGAACACCAUGCUUCCAAAUCCACGGAACAACCAGUUUGGAGCCCCUCAUUCAGCUACUUCGAGUGGCAGCAUGGGAUUUUCUAAGAUCAAUCCCGCCGAACUGGAGACUGUCAUUUAUCCAGUGGGCGGCAGCAACGGCAUAGACCCUAUGUACAGUGAACACAUCCAUAACAUUCCCUAUAACAUGCCCCAAGUCAGGGAUACACCGGACCCUCGAGCACAAUUCGCCGAAUCGCGGAAAAAGAGCGGAGUUUCGGAUCCUGGAUGGAGUCGGCCGCCCCGCAUCUUGUUGGUGGAAGACGAUCCAACAUGCCGACAGAUUGGAGGCAAAUUCUUGUAUUCCUUCUCGUGUGUUGUGGAAACGGCACUGGAUGGACUAGAAGCUGUCAGCAAGAUGCAAGAAGGAGUCAAGUAUGACAUGAUUUUGAUGGACAUUAUCAUGCCCAACCUUGACGGCGUGUCGGCGUGUCAUCUCAUCCGACAAUUCGACCGAACGCCUAUUGUGGCCAUGACAUCCAACAUCCGGUCGGAUGACAUUCAAAUGUACUUUCAUCACGGUAUGGAUGAUGUACUACCCAAGCCCUUCACGAGGAAGUCGUUACUGGACAUGCUGGAGAAGCACCUGAUGCAUUUGAAGAAAACCCCGCAGGUAAUGGGAGCGCCAGCGGCAGCCGGGGCCAUGGUGGCUGCGGGAGCACCAUUAUCGACAGCGCAGUCGGUGUGCGAUGAUAUGUCCGCGGGAGCAUCCCCGGCAGGAUCGUCUGGAACAUGGAACUCCCCCAGCCAAUACUCGGGAGUGUCACCGGUGAAUCCGAAUGUCCAUUACGGAGGCAUGACACCGCAGACGUAUGUUGACGCGAAUGGAAACACAUUUACACAAAAUGGACCCCAGACACCUGUGGGAAUGAGAGGACACGGGAUGGUGCAACAGCAGCACCCACACCCGCAAGCACACCGACGAGGUCCUUCAGAGAUGUCAGGUGGAGCAGAUAAUGGAAGCGCCAACAAACGGCAGCGGAUAUACCCACCACAACAGACCAUGGCAGCACCGAUGCGGCAAUAA